AAUCGACACCUCACGUCUGAAUACGUCAUCACGUCGCAGUCUGACAGUCGGGUCUCUUCCUCUCUACGCAGCAGCCGGACGCUCUCGAAGGUUCUGAAGGCGACACCGGGUGGAAAUUAACUUUCUAUCUGAGUCCAUCCGUAGCCGAACCGCGGCGUUUCAGCUCCGGAACAUCACCGAUUCCCUUCUCCAUUAAUCCCUUAUCAUUUUCCACCGAUUAUUAAGUAAAGAUGCCUGAAGCGAUGGGAGCAAUGAGAGCCUCAAACAUGGGGAGAAACAAAGGAGGGGCGUAUGUGGACCGCGACAAGCCGGCCCAGAUCCGCUUCAGUAACAUCUCUGCUGCUAAAGCUGUUGCAGAUGCCGUCAGAACCAGCCUGGGGCCCAAAGGCAUGGACAAGAUGAUCCAGGAUGAGAAAGGUGAUGUGACCAUUACCAACGAUGGAGCCACCAUCCUGAAGCAGAUGCAGGUGCUCCACCCCGCUGCCAAGAUGCUGGUGGAACUAUCCAAAGCCCAGGACAUUGAGGCUGGAGACGGCACCACCUCUGUUGUUGUGAUUGCUGGAGCCCUGCUGGAAGCAUGCUCCAAGCUGCUGCAGAGGGGUAUCCACCCCACCACCAUCUCCGAGUCCUUCCAGAAGGCGGUGGAGAAGGGCGUGGAGGUUCUGACGGGGAUGAGCCGGCCGGUGCAGCUGAGCGACCGCGAGACACUGCUCAACAGCGCCACCACCUCCCUGUGCUCCAAGGUGGUGUCACAGUACUCCAGCCUGCUGGCGCCCAUGAGCGUGGACGCCGUCAUGAGGGUCAUCGACCCAGCCACCGCCACCGGGGUCGACCUGCACGACAUCAAAAUCAUCAAGAAGCUCGGUGGGACCAUUGAUGACUGUGAGCUGGUGGACGGCCUGGUGCUGACCCAGAGGAUUUCUAACACCGGUGUGUCCCGUGUGGAGAAGGCCAAGAUUGGCCUCAUCCAGUUCUGCCUGUCCCCUCCCAAAACUGAUAUGGAUAACCAGAUUGUGGUGUCAGACUACGCCCAGAUGGACCGCGUGCUGCGGGAGGAGCGCGCCUACAUCCUGAACAUGGUGAAACAGAUCAAGAAGGCCGGCUGCAACGUGCUGCUCAUCCAGAAGUCCAUCCUCAGAGACGCUCUGAGCGACCUCGCCCUGCACUUCCUCAACAAAAUGAAGAUCAUGGUGGUGAAGGAGAUCGAGAGAGAGGACAUCGAGUUCAUCUGCAAGACUCUUGGCACAAAGCCCAUCGCUCACAUCGACCACUUCCUCCCAGAGAUGAUGGGAUCAGCAGAGCUGGCAGAGGAGGUCAGCCUGGACGGCUCCGGAAAACUGGUGAAGAUCACAGGUUGUUCCAACCCCGGGAAGACGGUGAGCAUCGUGGUCCGAGGAUCCAACAAGCUGGUGAUCGAGGAGGCCGAGCGCUCCAUCCAUGACGCUCUGUGUGUCAUCCGCUGCCUGGUCAAGAGGAAGGCUCUGAUAGCCGGAGGCGGCGCUCCAGAGAUCGAGCUGGCCGUGCGUCUCGCAGAGUACUCGCGCACUCUGGCCGGCAUGGAGGCAUACUGCGUGCGGGCUUAUGCUGACGCCCUGGAGGUGAUCCCCUCCACGCUGGCUGAGAAUGCCGGCCUGAACCCCAUCUCCACCGUGACGGAGCUGCGCAACAGGCAUGCUCAGGGAGACAAGAUGGCCGGCAUCAACGUCCGCAAGGGAGGAAUCUCCAACAUCCUGGAGGAGCUGGUGGUGCAGCCUUUACUGGUUUCCAUCAGUGCUCUGACUCUUUCCACAGAGACGGUCCGCAGCAUCCUCAAGAUCGACGACGUGGUGAACACCCGAUAAACGAAUCCGAGUCUGUCCAGUGAGUUCUGUCCACUAAGCCUGCUCGUACUGCAUGGACCCGAGGGCUCUGUCAACAUCAGUCUGUUCAGAUUUCCACUGUUGUUACGUUACGUAAUUUAAUAAUAAAGGCUUCUUUUUUUUGUUGACACUCCA